ACAACCGUCAAACGGCGAGAGGUAGUCAAGCUAUCAGCUGUGCGUUUCUUAUACAAAGAGGUCACCUUGAAGUUGUGAAUUUCAGUUCAGUCGAUUUUAUUUUACUCGCAGUUCGUACGCACAGGCAUUAUUUCGGGGCCGAUUUUUGUCAGAUUUUUCAACGUCGCGCCAGCCAACAAAAGUCAGUUAAGUCACAAAAGUUUUUGGACCCUGUAUACGUGACGGACGGCCUGUGAGCGCUCUACUAUUUUGUGCAAAUUUAACCGCUCAGAAUUUCGAUUUCGACAACGCAUUUAGUUAGUAAGCAAAUAAACGCCGAGUCACAAGCAACCGAAGAACGAAGAAGAAAUUUCGCAAAAAACAAAUCCCACAGAUAAUAGAUAUACGAUUAAGUGUUAAAACGAAUAAAUAAACCGAGAUCAGGAUGGACGGCUUUCGACGAUUUUUCGUUGAUCUACAACAACAACUCAACACACUGUUGCAAAUAAUAUUGAAUUGGCAAUUUGUGCGCUGGAUCGUCGAUUACUAUUCGAAAUUAACUAACGAUCGUAGCAUUAAAGCCGACCGCGAGAACGACGUUGACAGCGACGCUAGCGCUGGCGCUGACGUACAACCACCCAUCAGCAAAAACAACACGCGACAGCGUAUUAAGUGGUCGUGCGGUGUAAACGAGGCUACAGUUGGCAAAGGAGCAGGCAUUACGGAUGGAACAAGUGACGCGGAAAGCGAUGGUGGCGUCGCUGCGAGUGGCGAAGGGCGUCAAAGCGCCACCGAAGCGGUGCGGCGCGACGACGUCGACACGAAGCGCCCACGAAAUGCAGCUUCCGAUAGAGUCGAGUGUGACCAAGAACAGCAAUUGCCCGGCAUACCGGUGACAGAAACUGUUACGGACGUCGGUCUUGCGGGUGUACUGAACGCAAUACCAAGCGCAAAUAUGGGCAAUGUGCAUAGUAGUAAUAAAAACAAGCAUAAAGCUAACAAAAUUAGUGCUGGCGGUGAGGGCUCUAAUUCACAAAAGUCUCCCAAGACCGUAAACUCACCGAAGAAACGUAAUUCAAAGGAGAAAAAAUCAACCAAAAAAGCAGAAGAAGUUGUCGUUGAAAAAUCGAAUCCUGACUUACUAAUAUCAAGCUACAUAGUCGAUAACAACGCAGAGCAGGCGCUAGAAGAGAACUGUUUAUCCGAAGGCAGUUCUGAUCAGCAUAGCUUAAAAUCCGCAGAGACUGUGGAACUUGAAGCAAAAUUAGCAGACACAGAGGAAGAAAAAUCGAAUCACACACAAAUUUCCUCCGAGCAAUCGAAUUCGAAGGAACAAUUCGAUUUGGAACUAAACAAUCAGGAAGAAGAAAUCAAAGUAGAGAAACCAAUUGAAAAGAUCAAAGUUCAGGUAUCCACAGCUGUUAGCACCAAACACGAAAGCCAUAGCGCAGUGCAGUUAGAGACAAGAAAACCAAAACCACUCAAAAUGACUAUAUCCUCUGAUAUACACAGCGUACCCAUCUCUGAGGGUACCAAUGCCGAGAGUGUGCUCUAUAGAAUUAAGCGUGGCACUACACUUCGUGUACGUGGCUCUGCAUCGCUUUUGGGACGCGAAAUUAUUUUAUAUACCAAUUACCCUGCGGAGGGUAAAAAGUUCAUUCGUACCGAAUAUCGCGUACUGGACUGGCAUGCUCGUAAUGGAAAACCAUUUACCACAAGUUUGAGUAAAUAUGCGCACAUUGUCGACACGGACAUAUUCAGUGAGGUGAAAAUGAAUCUCUCAGGCACCUUCCGCUUCUGGUUUCAAUACAAGCAUAGCACGGGUUCGGAGCCCGAUGGCGCACUCUAUGUACAAGUAGAGCCCACACUUCACGUGGGUCCACCUGGCGCACAGAAGAUCAUACCCUUAAAUUCGGUGCGUUGUCAGACAGUGCUUACGAAGCUAUUGGGUCCGCUGAACACGUGGGAAUCAAAGUUGCGCGUUGCCAAGGAAUCGGGUUACAACGUCAUACACUUUACGCCAAUACAAGAGCUUGGCGGCUCGCGUUCGGCUUACUCGCUACGCAAUCAAUUGAAAGUGAAUCCACAUUUUGCUGUAAAGAAGGGCGGCGAAGUCACCUUUGAUGAUGUGGACAAGGUGAUCAAGAAGUGUCGUCAGGAGUGGGGUAUUGCUUCCAUUUGUGAUAUUGUGCUGAAUCAUACGGCCAACGAGUCGGAUUGGGUGCGCGAACAUCCCGAUGUUGCCUACUCGUGCGCGACUAGUCCAUAUUUACGUCCCGCUUUUCUGCUUGAUGCCUUACUCGCCAAGGUCGGUGAAGAUGUGGCAGCCGGACUUUUGGACCAGGUCGGCGUUCCGGCGGUGAUUGAGUGUGAGGAUCACUUGCAAGCGCUCAAACAUCAGUUAUAUACCGUUUAUUUGCCAAAAGUGAAUAUUUACGAGCUUUUCCAAUGCGAUAUUAAUAAAAAUAUAGAAGAAUUCAUGAGCUUAGUGCGCACACGCUCACCACCAAAACAUGUGGCCGACGGAUCACGUUUCAAUGAAAUACAAUUGAUUAAAGAUCCACAAUUCAAACGCUUGGGCGCCACCAUUGAUAUGAAUUUGGCUUUGGAGAUUUUCAACGCCUUCCAUGGCGAUUGCUUCGAUGAAGAAUCACGUUUCCGCAAAUGCGCCGAGACCUUACGUCACCGUUUGGAGACAAUCAAUGAAGAAGCGCGUGCAGAGGUUCAAGGUCAUCUGGGUUAUGCCAUCGAAAACUGUUUGGCCGGUGUGCGGUAUGAGCGUGUUCAGCACGAUGGUCCACGCGUGCGUGAUAUUUCCGAGAAACAUCCACUUUUUAUGCAAUACUUCACACAAAUCAAAGCAAUCGGAAAGAGCCUUCAGGAGAUCGAGGAAGGCAUGUAUGGCGAUUUGGGUAAAUUCUUCCAAGCGCACAACGGCUGGGUUAUGGGUUAUAGUGAUCCACUACGUGACUUUGCCGAGGAACAGCCGGGACGUGGUAAUGUCUAUCUGAAACGCGAGCUAAUUGCUUGGGGUGAUAGCGUUAAAUUGCGUUACGGCAAAAAACCGGAAGAUAGUCCCUACUUGUGGAAGCAUAUGACGGAUUAUGUGGUGACAACGGCGAAAAUUUUCGAUGGUGUCCGCUUGGAUAACUGUCACUCAACACCACUUCAUGUGGCCGAAUAUCUGUUGGAUGCCGCAAGAGCAGUUAAUCAAGAUUUAUAUGUUGUUGCGGAGCUAUUCACGAACUCAGACGCGACAGACAACGCUUUUGUCAAUCGCUUGGGUAUUACAUCUUUGAUACGUGAAGCUUUGUCCGCUUGGGACUCGCAUGAGGAGGGUCGUUUGGUCUACCGCUAUGGUGGCGAACCGGUUGGCGCUUUCUAUGUGAACCCUAAACGUGAUUUAGCACCCAGCGUUGCACAUGCGCUUUUCAUGGACCAAACUCAUGAUAAUCCAUCGCCUGUAGAAAAGCGUUCGGUCUACGAUUUACUGCCAUCAGCAGGUUUAGUAUCCAUGGCUUGCUGUGCCACGGGCAGCAAUCGCGGCUAUGACGAACUUGUACCGCAUCACAUCCAUGUCGUUGACGAGGAGCGUCAGUAUCAGGAGUGGGGAAAGGCUGUGGACUUCAAUUCCGGCAUUAUUGCUGCUAAACGUGCACUCAACUUGCUGCAUGGUCAACUCGCGGAAGAAGGUUUUAAUCAGGUGUACGUCGAUCAAAUGGAUCCCAAUAUUGUCGCUGUCACGCGUCAUUCGCCAACUACACACGAAAGUGUCAUACUUGUCGCACACACUGCCUUCGGCUAUCCACAUCCGAAUGCUGGACCAACCGGCGUGCGUUCGCUACGUUUCGAGGGUACGCUGAACGAAAUUAUACUCGAGGCAGAUAUUUCAAUGAAAAGUGAUAAACCGUUCGAUCGACCGGGUCCAUUCAAGAAGGAUCCGAACUACAUCAAUGGUUUCUCACAAUUCCAGCUCAAUUUGCGUGAGCAUAUACCAUUAGAUAAGUCGAAAAUUUUCCGCGCCACUCCCUACGUGGAUGGUAAUGUAACGCAACUGGAUUUCGAAAAUCUCUAUCCGGGUUCGGUUGUAGCUAUCAGAGUUUCGCUGCACAAUCCCACGAAACCGCAUGCCGAAUACCUUCAACGGCUUGUGACUGCUUUACAAUCCGAAAGCGGGGCGAUGUACGAGGAGUUGCGUGAAAUUAUCGCCAAGUUGGACUUGGUUGACGUGAAUCGCGCGCUGUUUACCUGCGAAGAGGAGGAACGUGAUCAUGGCUAUGGUGGCGCCGCCUAUGAUAUACCAAAUUAUGGGCGUAUAGUUUAUUGUGGUCUGCAGGGUUUCAUCUCCAUACUAACGGAGAUAUCGCCACAUAACGACUUGGGUCAUCCGCUUUGCAACAACUUGCGAGAUGGCAAUUGGAUGUUAGAUUAUGUGGCUGAUCGUCUGAGCCAUCGUGAAGGCACGAAUAUAUUAUCGAAAUGGCUGAAGACCUCUUUUGAUCCACUGAAGAAUAUACCAAGAUACCUCAUUCCUUGCUACUUUGAUGCCAUUUUGAGUGGUGUGCACGAGGCCCUCGUUGGACACACAUACCAACUCAUGCCAGAAUUUAUACGUGACGGCCAUAGCUUCCCGCAAACGCUUGCUUUGGCCACACUGCAAUUCCUAUCAGCAUGCAGAUCCGCUAACUUGCCACCACUCAGUCCGGCUGUAGUGCCACAACCACCAGAGAUAUGUGUAACGCUCUCAGCAGGACUGCCACACUUCUCUACCGGUUACAUGCGUUGCUGGGGUCGUGACACCUUUAUUGCACUGCGCGGCAUCAUGUACCUGACCGGCCGCUAUCAGGAGGCGCGCUAUAUUAUAAUCGGUUUCGGCCAAUGUCUCCGACAUGGACUCAUACCAAACUUGUUGGAUAACGGUAUAAAACCGCGUUUCAACUGCCGCGAUGCCGUCUGGUGGUGGUUGAACUCCAUUAAACAAUAUGUCGGCGAAGCUCCACGCGGCAAGGAUAUUCUCAACGAUAUGGUUUCGCGUAUAUUCCCCUACGAUGACAGUGAGCCGCAUGGACGUGGUAAAUUCGAUCAGAAAUUGAUCGAUGUUAUGCAGGAAGCGCUACAGGUGCAUUUCCAAGGCUUGCAAUAUCGCGAACGCAAUGCCGGCUAUGAGAUUGAUGCGCACAUGACAGAUCAGGGUUUCAACAACAAUAUUGGUAUACAUCCAGAGACGGGUUUCGUAUAUGGCGGCAAUAUAGCUAAUUGUGGCACAUGGAUGGAUAAGAUGGGUUCGUCGGAGAAGGCCGGUAACCGCGGUCGUCCCGCGACACCACGUGAUGGCUCCGCUGUCGAGUUGGUUGGACUGCAAAUGUCAGUGUUGCGUUUUAUGCAAGCACUGAGCGAGAAGGGUAUUAUUGAGUACAAAUCUGUGGAACGCAAGGGACCGAAUGGUGAAACGACCACAUGGACCUACAAGCAAUGGGCUGAUCGCAUACAAAACAAUUUCGAGAAGUGUUUCUUUGUCGAUGAAUCGGAAUUGGGCAUGCAAGCGAACAAGAAGAAUAUCUACAAGGACUCGUAUGGUGCUUCGCAGGGUUGGACUGAUUUCCAAUUGCGUUGCAACUUCCCAAUUGCAAUGGUUGUGGCGCCGGAGCUGUUCAAUCCACAAAAAGCCUGGGCUGCAUUAGAGCAAGCGCGAAAACACCUGCUCGGCCCACUGGGUAUGAAGACAUUGGAUCCAGAUGAUUGGAAUUAUCGUGCUAAUUACGAUAACUCAAAUGACGCUGAUGACUGCACAGUGGCGCAUGGAUUUAACUAUCAUCAGGGACCCGAAUGGUUGUGGCCUAUUGGUUUCUAUUUACGAGCACGCCUCAUAUUCGCUAAGAAAUGUGGUCACCUGGAAGCGACUAUUGCCGAAACAUGGUCAAUUUUGCGCGCUCACCUCAAAGAGCUACACACCUCCCACUGGCGUGGACUGCCCGAACUGACUAACGAUAAUGGCGCCUAUUGUCAUCAUUCCUGCCGUACACAGGCUUGGAGUAUUGCCACCAUAUUAGAGGUUCUGCAUGACUUGCACGCCAUUGGUGGAGAUGUCUGAAAUGUUAAAAUUAAAACCUGAGCGAACUAGAGUUACUAGGCAGCGAAAGUAAGAACAAAGUAAAGAGUAGUAAGCAAGCAAGUAAACACAAUUGACCUAAAUACAAAAACAAAAAAAAAAUACUUAAAAAGCGAUCCUUAAGAUCACCUUAAUUGAUUGUUGAUUACUACGUGCGUUCAUUAGAUUAUUGUUGUUAUAAUACAAUUUUGUAUUCAACCCAGAUAUUAUAGAAGUGUACCACACUGCUGUUGACUAUUUAAAAACAUACAUACA